AGAGGCCUUGAACAUAAAGAAGCCGCUGGGGCUUCUCGGGGGGAACCAUGAAGGGGGACCUUUGGCCUGUGGGGGUGUGGAUCAGGAUGGGCUGCCUGGAGGAAGGGGCCUCAGAGCUAUUAUUAGAUUGGCAUUGCUGGUAAAGGCAGAAGGCAGUGUACUAGGCCCAGGAUCUGCCCCACACCGUGACACCUGUUGGUGGCUGCCUUGGUUUCCCCUUCUAUCCCUGUCCACCCUCCCCCACCUCCAAUACCCGGAAUCCUGACCAGCGGGCUGGAACCUGCUGCCCAGAGUAACCAGGCAAACAGAACUCCGCACGACCUCUGAGCUGUUCUCUGGGUGGGCUGCCUGUGCUCCCACCUGCCACCCUCUGGGCCUGCCCAGGCUGGGCCCCCCCCCCCCCAUGCAGCACCCGAAGCCCUUCUACACUCCUGCAGCCCCCCAAGAAGGUUUCAGCCCUCGGGGCCUGGAUGGCACCGAGGGGCCAGGCAGCCAGCCCACUCCUGCCUGCACAGAGCCUCUCCCCACUGUGGGUCCCGCCAACUUGUAUCACCCCCCAAACCUGGAGAAAGAGGUGUUUCCAGGCCCCCCAGCAGGUUUCCAGAUGGCGCCCUGCGGCUGCUUCUUUGACCCCCGCAUUUACCGAAUCGAGUGGGCCACCACCGACUUUGGCCAGGCGUCCCUGUACAAGCUGGCAGCAGCGGGUGGUGGGGUGCCAGCGGGAGGCCCCAAUUCACCCAGCACCUACCUCCUAGAGUCCCAGCACUACCUCAAGGCCCCUGUGCCGCCUCCACCGUACCCCCAUUUCCAGCCAGUGCCCGGGGGCCCCCAGUACCUCCUGCCCUACUUCCCCCCUGAGGGGCCCGGGCCUGAGGCCCUGGGCUUUAUGGGGGAUGGGGGAGCCCCCGCCUUCGUGGAGCUGCCCCCGCCCCUGCUCAAGGAAGGCCUGGUGCCCCUGCCACCGCCGCUGCCCUCCCAGGAGAACCAGCUGCCGCCUGUCGUCAUCGCGCUGCCCGCUGAGGCCGCGCGGCCCCCCGGGGGUUAUGGCCGCCUCAAGGGCCGCCUGAGCCAGCUCCACAUGCCCGGGGAGCCCCCAGCCUUCCCUGCGAAGGAGCUGCAGGGCAGUGGCCCUGGGCCGGGCCCGCUGUACCCCCCAGGCCCUGGGGGGCCCAAGGCAGCCCCGUUGGAGGCGGGAGAGACCAGGUCCCCCGAGGCCGCCAGGGCCUUCGUGCUGCCUGAGAAGGUGCUGCUGGAAGACGCCAUGAAGCUCUUCGACUGCCUGCCGGGGGGUGCCGAGCCCGAGGGGUCCCCGCGCAAGGCCCCGGGGCCAGCCCUGCCCGACAGCGGGGGUGGUGGGGAUGACUCCUCCAGCGACAUCCGCUCGCUGCACCUGCCGGAUGAGCUGCUGUCCUUCGACUACAGCGUGCCCGAGAUCCUGGACACUGUGUCCAACGUGGACUACUUUUUCAACUUCAAGGCGCUCGACGAGGAGCCACCCCCCUGCCCAGGGCCCCCCGCCAUCACCAUUGCGGCCCCUGUGCUUCGGGCCGAGCCCCCCAGCAAGAGAAAGUCUGGUGCCUCAGCCACCAAAAAGGGGAGACAAGGAGGCAAGAGUAAGCAGGCCACGGGCCUGGCCAGCGCCCCACCCCCGGGACCCAGGCAGGACCUGGGAGCCACCCCCCAUUAAAGCGAAUUUGAUCUCAGCCCAAUGUCUGCUCAGUGGCGAUGGGGGCAGUAGGCCAGGGGCGGACGUGGGGCGCUUGCCUCUCACCUGCUCUAGUGCCCAAUGGCCCCAAACCAGGAAGGGAGGCCCUGCAGGACCCCGCACCUCCUGGUGCCGGACUUCCAGACUGAGCGAGGAGCCCUGGGCUCGGGAUUCUGAACCCCUUCUGUCCGGGCCCCGGAGAGGGAAGGGGGCUUUGCCACCAGACGCCUGGCUGUGAGGAUUCCUCACUCCGAGUUUGGCGAGGAAAGUCAAGGCUGCCCAGAGACGGGCAGGAACCUGCCUGGAGGGAGACGGCAAGCAGGGUGGGCCCCAGCCCUGCCCUCUGCUGGCCCCUUGUGCUAUAGUCAGUGGAGGGGACGUUUGAGGGGGUUUCAGCUGGGCUCCGCCUCGGCCCACCUCCCAAGGUGUGGGUGAGAGGCAUGGGGAGGGGCCGUGGUGCCUGUGAGGGACCCCGUGCUGGUCCAGGCAGACGUGGAGGCAAGUGCUGGGUGGAAAUGAAGGCACCUGGUGGCCUGAGGGUGGCGGCUGGGCAGGCAGGUGGGAGGUGGAACCCCAAAACAAGCCACCUGUGAUGGGGACCAGCAGAGUGCACCCGGGUGACAGAGACCAGGGUGGGCAAGUCUGUCCCAGGAAGGGCAUCCAGCCAGGCCUCGUAUGCUGCGUGCCCCCUUGGGUCCCACUCAGAGGUCCUCUAUCCCAAGCAGCAGGCACAGGAGAGCCCAGAGUUCGGGUGUCCGUAUCUCACCCCUGCUCCUUCCCACCCUGUCUCCUCCUCGGGCCCAUGGAGCUCCUCUUCCCCUUGCCUGCUCCAGGCUCUCCUCAGCCUUUCCUGGGGCAGCUGCAGCCACAGCCUCUGAAACCCUCAAGGUGAGCCUGAAGGGGCCAACUUGGUUUCCCAGGUAACAUACAAGGCAAGCAUGUCAAACGCAAAGGCUAACACGGGCCAAUAAACAAGGUGUAAGUUUAUGUGGGCCACGAAAAAACAAAAGCUUCAACUUUCACAGAAACGUAGGUUUAU